UCAGCGCAGACUGCUGGAUAUUUGCUGGAAACCACAGCUUCAGCUCCACCACAUAGUCCUACCCCAGCAUUAUGCGACGGAAGAGGAAGAUCUCUCCAAUCAGCAGAUGAAUUCCAGAGUGGAACAGGAAGAACCAGAACCUUCACAGAUUGAAAUGGAACAGCGGGAAUCAGAACCUCUUCAGAUCAAAGAGGAGCAAGAAGGACUCUGCAUCAGUCAGAUUGAAGAGCAGCUUGAUCUAAAGGAGGAGACUGAUACCUUGAUUGAGAUUUUUACUUAUAAGGGAGAUGAGUACAGUGAAGCAGAUCUAAACAAUCAGCAGACUUUUAAUAUUCACAGUGAGGAAGGAAACCAACAUGAGGAAUCUACAUCAACUACAGACGGAGAGACAGAGCAACAAAGUCAAUGGUCCUUCAAGAAGGAAACUUUGUUUGAGAAAAGCAAACAAUUACCCAAAGAAAAGAGACUUUCAUUCGCAAAGUCAAGAAUUGCACCCAGUGUCUCAAUCUACAUGAGAACUGAAUCGGAUAAAAUACCGUGCAUCUGUGAAGAAUGUGGUAAAAGUUUUGAUUGCUGGUCUAAGUUCAGACUUCAUAUGAGAAGUCACACAGGAGAAAAGCCUUUUUCUUGUAAAGAAUGUGCUAAAAGUUUUAGUCAUAUGUCAAAUCUCAAAACACAUAUGAGAACUCAUACAGGAGAAAAGCCCUUCUCUUGUAAAAUAUGUGAUAAAAGUUUUAGUCAAGUAUCCACUCUCAGAACACACAUGAGAAUUCACACAGGAGAGAAGCCGUUUUCAUGUAAAUUAUGUGAUGCCAGUUUCAGCAACAUAACUCAUCUCAAAACCCACAUAAGAACUCACACAGGAGAAAAGCCCUUUUCUUGUAAAGAAUGUCAUAGAAGUUUUAGUCAAAACUCUAGCCUCAAAAUACACAUGAGAACUCACACAGGGGAGAAGCCUUUUUUUUGUAAAGAGUGUGAUAAGUGUUUUAGUCAAAAAUCUAAUCUCAAAGCACACAUGAGAACUCACCCAGGAAAAAAGCCUUUUCCUAGUGAAGAAUUUGAUACAAGUUUUAGUCAAACACCUAAUCUUGAAGACACAAGAAGUCACACAAGUUAAAAGCCCCUUUUCUUUGUCAAAAGUGAGGGCUCAGCAGAAAACUAAGGCUCAACACAACACGGGUUUGCAUGGGAAGAAAUUAAUUCACAAUUAAAUGUCAUAUUUCAAGCGUCUGGGGUUCCAUCCUAUUCUGCUACUUAACGCCUCACACAUGCAAAGGAUUUUAUUAGCCUUUAAAUUGUUUCUCAGCCUGAGUCUGUAAAAUACAAUGUAUUCUAAAGAACUUCAAGACGAGCUGUGUAGCAAUUCAAAUGUUGUUUUUCAGCAGGAAUUGUCUUCUUCCCAGUUGCAUGGGUUUAAACUCCAUCGAAAUCUUAUGUUGCGUCCCGAUCAGAGAAGGAAUAUUUAUUUUCUUCUCAAUAAAAUCAAUAUGAUCAACGUUAGGGCUGGUUGAUCUAGAUUUUUUUUCAUACCACGAUAGAGUUAUAUAUCAGGUGAUAAUGAUAUAUAUCAUAAUAUAAAUCAAAUAACUACAUUUGACACGUUUGAAUGUUUUGUUGCUAAUAAGAGAAAUGUGUAAUCAACAGCUGGUCUUUUAGACUUAAAUAUUUAUUUCCUAUCCCACUAAACGUAACAGAUGCACUGAAGGAGCAUUAUCCAACUGUGUUUUUCAGAUAACUAAGAAAAGGAAUAUACUGUAUAUUAAAAAAUAAUUAAAGCAAAAGCUUUCAGGUUUCUAAAGAGAAUAUAAAAAAACUGAACACUAAACUGCUUGAUUGUUUCCAUAUAAAACAAAGCAUUCGUUCUACAAAUAAAUUGGAAUGUUUUCAAGUUUUCCAGAACAAACACAAAAUAGACAUUUUUGUAAACAUCUUGUGAAUAAGCUAGGAACUAAAAUCAAAUUCUCAAAAAUUUUUCUCGUAGUUUAGACUGUUGCUGCUGUGCAGGUCCGAGCUUUGUUUUUUUUUGCUAGAGAAUUAUCUUCUAUUUCAGUCUGAGAUUGAGCAUGCUCUGUGGCCCUGCUUCAGGUGAUAGAAAAGUUUGUGGUAUUUCCAGUUUUAGAAGGAGCAUGGCUUUUCCAUAAUUUGCAGUUUUGUUACUCUGGUUUCUGUUUGAUUUUAAAUAACAAAAUUUUGCCCUGUGUGUGGAGGUAUUUUUAAUUUGAGUCACUGAAGUUUGUCAUUGAAUUUUGAGUCACUGGCCAAGUUGGCCGGGAGAUUAAAAAAAUCAACCUGCUACAUUAUAACACAUAGAAAUGGCAUAGGUCAGGGGCAGGAAACUUACAGACCGCAAUUCUGCAUUUUUCCAACAUACCAUCAUUUAUGUUUGCAUUUUUUAAUUGGCUGGACACACCUGAACCAGGUAAUAGUCUUGAGUAGGCCUUGGAUAUCUGAAAAUCUUGCAGACAGCGACCUUUGAGGUCUGUAGUUGCCUAGCCCUGCCUUGGGCAUUUUAUUUAUUGAACUUUUUCCAGAUUUUACCAGCGGACCGUAGGUUUGGCACCCUUGGUCUAAGGGCACUUUAAUUUAGUCUGUUUAACUUAGUUUAGUAAUCAGCCUUUAUGCUAUACGAUUUCGGACAAUUGCCGGUGUGAAGCCUGUUGAGGCAGCUGUGUUGUGUGAUUGGGCUGUAUAAAUAAAAUUGAAUUGAAUUGGGGAACAUGAGUGUUAACUAGAGCACAAAUUCAUGUCUAUGAAGACAUGGAGGACACAGUCUGGUGUGGAUGAACUUGACUGGCCUGCACAGAGUCCUGACCUUAACCUGAUAGAACACCUUUAGGAUGAAUUAGAGCAGAGACCGAGAGCCAGACCUUCUCCACCAACAGCUGUGUGUGACCUGACCAAUGCGCUUUUGGAAGAAUGGUUAAACAUUCCUAUAAACACAUUCCUCAACAUUGUGGACAGCCUUCCCAGAGGAGUUGAAGCUCAAACAGCUGGAAAAGGUUGACCAGCAUCAUAAUGAACUUUAUGGGUUCAGAAUGGGAUGACACUUCAGUUCAUAUGCGAGUCCACGUAGGUGAGUGAAUACUUUUAGAAAUAUAGUGUGUUUUGCAUAAAUCUAUAAUUACGUUUGAGAAUUAUACGUUUUAUGUGUCCAGUGAACAUUUCAUUAUUGUUUUAAACAAAAAAUGACAUCAAUUUAUAUGUUGGUGAGUCAUGUGAGCAAAAGAUUUUCCCAAAAAUGUAAUAAGGAAAAAGAAGAUAAAGAAACUGAUUCGUGUUUCUUUCUCAUAAUCAUGUUAUUCCUGUUUUGUAUCAGAGAUUAGAAGUGUUUCUCUGUUGUUUUUAGUCGUCAGUGUUCUGUUCCAAUCUUUCCUGUGAAGAAUAAAGUAGGUUUCGGGUUUCAA